AGACCGGAGCUUCCUCCACUCAGUGACUGUCAUCAUGGAGGAAAAGCAGACGACUGGAGCCGAGUGAAGAGGACCAAACGCCGCAUCCCCAUCUUUGUUUCACCUCUUAUUAUUAUCAGAAAUCGGUGAUCAAUCAGCAGAAUCAGCACCGGAGACACCUGACUGGUGACAGCCGCCAACAUGAAGGAUUUCCUGAGAGUGGUGACCCAGUUCUUUGUGUUCCUCUACUGUAAAUGUCUGUGGCGGGGCCUGAAGUUUGUCGCCAGGAAGUUUACGGGGCGCUGCGAGCUGCAGAGAAUCUGCUACAACAACAAGCAUGGAGCCCGCAGGACCCUCAAGAUAGAAUCAUCUCUGAGGUACUCCAAGACUGAGCUGCUGCAGUCUGCCCUCAGCGUCCAUCCUGAUAAAGUGGAGAAAACCAUUGAGGACAUCAUGGCCUUGAAGAAGAUUAACCCUGACACCAACCCACAGCUGGGCAUCUCUCUCCAGGCCAGCCUGCUGCAGAUUGUGGGCUACAGGAGCCUGGUGGCUGAGGUGGAGAAGCUGCGCAGGGAGCCUUAUGAUUGUGAAAACCCUGAGCACGAGGACCUGCUGAUGAAGCUGUGGAAGGAGCUGCGUCCUGACACACCUCUCACCGGACGCAUCUCCAAACAGUGGUGUGAAAUUGGUUUCCAAGGCAGCGAUCCCAAGACUGAUUUCAGAGGCAUGGGCCUGCUGGGCCUGCACAACCUGCUGUAUUUUGCAGAACACGACAAGGCCACUGCUCUGCAGAUGCUCCACGACUCUCUGCAACCAAAGCACAAGAGCACACACAGAAAGCCAAGUGAGAUAAACAAGCCUGAAUGGGAACAGAAGAAUCUAGACAAAGCUAUCGGCUACUCUUUUGCCAUUGUGGGCAUCAACAUCACAGACCUGGCCUACUCUCUGCUGGUGAGUGGAGCUCUGAAGACCCACCUGUACAACGUGGCUCCAGAGAUGCCGAGCCUGCUGCACUUUCAGCAGACCUUCUGUUACCUGAUGCAGGAGUUCCACCGUUUCUGGAUCGAGGAGGAUCCGAGCGACAUCAUGGAGUUCAACCGGGUCCGCUCCAAGUUCCACCGGAGGAUCCUGCGACAGCUGAAGAACCCAGACAUGGCUCUGUGCCCCCACUUCUCCGCCUCCGACCUCCACCUGGUCAACCUCUAAACACACAUCCCCUGAGCCCUGUGACCCUCCCCACUACCCCCCACUGAUCCCUUCAUACCCCCACAGAGGUCUCCCCUGGAUGUCCGGUAGGCAAACAAAAAAAAAUCAGAAAACCCUUUACCCUCACACACAUGGUUCCUCAAACUGCUGGACACAUCUGGGGAGACUCUCUCCCUCCUCUGCUCAGCCCACCUCGUCCCAGCUAACGUCAUGUCGCGUCACUGCCAAAAGCUCACUCAACCACUACACACAUACACAAACACACACACAUAUGUACACACACACACUGCCUCUACGCCCUCACUGCAGCGUUACACCACCAGCAUCAGAGAUGACCAUAGCGAUUGUAGCUGUGCAUGAGGAGGCUGCACCACACCACUCAUCAUUAUCUGUUGCUUUAAUGAUUCAUGACGAUUGUAUCACAGCCGUUACACCUCAGUUACGAACCCGUGCUUCUUCUCAUAACAAACCAAAUUUACUUUCUCAGCCAAAAAAAAAAAAAUCCCUCUUUUAGACUGCAGCUUAGUGCUCAUCAGUUCAGAAUAUUUUGGCAAUUAGCUGGUCAGGCUUUCAGACACAAAACCAAUAUUUUGUAUUCAAACUGAAGAGCUAUAGAUAUAUAGUGUACGUUUAAAUGAAGCAUUAAAGAAAUGUUGCUGGCGCUGAUUCAAUCAAAAGCUGUACGAAGGCCAGUUCAUCUUUUAGCUUUGUCUGUAUUAGGUCAUCAAUAUAGAUUGUACUGUACUUUUUAUGUCUACGUGACAUUAGCACCUAAGACUUCUCCUUGCCAAAAUAUUGAAUGUGGAGAACUUACAAUCACAGCAGUAGUUUGUUUCUUGUGAGCUCAGAUGUAUGUUUUGUAAACCUGCGAAAUUAUGUUCAUUUAUAUUUUAAAACAGGCACAGUUCCCACUUUGGAUACUAAAUAAAGCUAAUUAACUUUUUUUCUUUUUUUAAAAAAAUUUCUUCACACACAUCACCCAAAACAAUGAAAAUAAAUGAAUGAACAUUUUUUGCAGGUUUGCAAACUGUGUUUUUUGCCUUUGCUUUGACCCUUACGUGUGCAGAGAUUCUGUUAUGAAUGUUUCUCACAUGCUCACAUUCACGAUUGUUUGACUCUAUUUUAAUUCAUUGAAUGUGACACUGUGUCCACUGUUGUAUCAGCCAAAGCAAUAAUUUACAUUCAUUUCACUGCACAUCUCUUUUAAAUGUAUUGAUUUGCACCAUGCGUGCCUAAUUAUUUGUUUUAUUUUAUAACUCUGAGCUGGAAUGCUGAUCAACGUAUAGCUGCUACAUGUAGCGUUUAAUGGAGGUAAAAUAUUACCACUGAAGACAUUCGUGUGAUUACUGUAAACAAAUGUCCCUUGGCAGCCGCUGUGCUGCUUUUUACAAUGUCCAAAUUUUGCGGGAAAACGAAGACAUAUUUGUCCUUUUUUAGUGAAGCCAAAGACACGGAGGACUGACAGGAAGCAUUCACAGAGAAUGUAGUCUUAAUGUUCUUGAGCAUGAAUGUGAUCUUAUCUCCUCUCCACCGUGAUCUCAUUUGCUUACAGUAAAGUAUCGACUUAGCAGAGAUUUACUAAUGUUCGUAAAAGUGCUACACAUAGAAGCUUUAACAAGCAACAACCAGAGAAAUAAGACGUUAAAUGUAGAGCUGCUCCAUUGAGAAUGAAUGAGGUAGUGAUUUAUACUAAUGCAGUAAAGAGCUGACGGUGAAAAUGUAAGAAUGCUAAGGUGGAGGCGUUGAUCAGCCAGUCAACACAGGAAAAUAAAUUACUUUUUUAUUAACGUGGUAUUACUAGAUGUCACUGUCAGCUCUCUACUGUGGACUUCAGACUGCAGAGUCCUGGCCAACGAAGGUAACACUCUGAGGAAAAUUGAAUUACUGCAAACAAAAAUACAACUAUAACAUUUUCAAAUAAAUUUGCUAAAAAAUCUGUGCUUAUCGCCAUAAAUGAUACUCACCUUGUGGUCCCGUAAACAUGAUUCAUAGUUGUGCAUAGUCCUUAUGUAGAGCCUAUGCCGAAGCCUUUGCAAGUGGCCUUCACCGUUGUGAGCAUUCAUAAUUGUGUGCUGGUGUGUCACCUUCGCUCUGCAAUUACACCCUGAAAACGGUAGCUUGCAGUGGUGUUUCUAUGCCACUAUAUUGAGUUUCUUUGUGCACGUCAAAAAAUGGUGACUGGAACUGAGAGGAUCAUGUUGGAGUUGGCGUUAGCUGUGGCUAGAGGCAUUAUGUUUUCGGGUUUUCCCUCCAUCCAUCCUUUUGUCUCACUUCUGAACACGGUAUCUCAAGAAUGCAUCGAGGGAAUUUUUUUUUUUUUUUCAAAUUUGGCACAAACGUCCACUUAGACUGAAGGAUGAGCUGAUUAGAUUCUGUAGGUGAAACGUCAAAGUCAUUGUGACCUUGUCUGUUUCAUUCUCUUGAACGCAAUAUCACAAGAACACCUUGAGGGAGUUUCUUCAAAUUUGGCACAAACAUCCACUUGGACUCAAGGAUGAUUAGAAUUUGGUGGUCAAAGCUCAAAGGUCAAGGUUACUGUGACCUCACAGAACAUGCUUUGGCCAUAAAUCAAGAAUUCAUAUGCUAAAUAUAACAAAAUUGCACACAAAUGUCAAAUAGGAUAAAAUGACAUUUUAUAUCCAAAAGUUCAAAUUUCAGCUAAAACUGUGCUGAUUGUAUAGAUCUUCUUUGCUGCCGGGGUGUGUGAUGUGUGUGAAGCAUCCAUGUUUUCACAGACAUGGAUGUCAACUGUAAAUGCAACUUGAGUGGUGCGUGGAGGCGUACAACCGCUAGGUGGUAUUCUAGUUAUUGAUCUGCUAUCAUGUGGGCACUUUUUUCCCACCUGGGUCCCCUCUCCUAGCAAGUCUUUUUCAGAGGCAAAAUGCCUAGGAGAAAAUGCGAAGCUACCAAGUGGACUAAUCACAGUUGUGCGGUCUGUGUCGCCGCAAUGUUUAUCUAUACUUCUUAGUAGGUGCACAUCAGGCUCACGGAUGUAUUAAGAGAUCUGGAUACAGCAUUGAAUGCGGGACCCUAUUCAUUCCUAUGAAAGUUGUUCAGUGGUGAAUGAAGCCAAAAAGGUGCUAUUUCUGCAGUAUGAAAUAAUCUGGGUGAUCGGUGCUGCUUCUGCAUCAUUGUGCCCAUAGAGCAAGUGCACUAAGACUUACGCUGGCCGAGCCAACUACUUAUGGAUUUGCGCUACUUUAACUUGAAUGAGAAUAAAAUGAUUUAAUCUUGCAGCUCUUCUAGACUUUACAAAUAUUAUCGGACCGAAUGGAUUAAAUCCUGAUAGUGGAAUGAGUCAAUAUGCGCGGGUUGUGAUGCUCAAAAAAAUGUAUCCAUUGAUUUAUAGAUGUCUCUUUCCCAGUGUAAGUCAAUGGGAAAAAGGCUUUUAGGGCCCAAUGGCAUCACGUGACGGACCUCUAAAAUUGCAGUACCACUGUUUGGACACUAUGAAAAUUGACCAAUUCCAGCUGCGACCCUGUUUUUUCCCAUUCUCCACAAGGAGUCAUAUGGGAAAAAGUCUUUUUGGGCCCCUGGCAUCACAUGACGGACCUGGUCCGUUUGGCCACUACAAAUAUUGGCUUAAAAAUGGCUGAUCUGGCUACGAUACGCAUCUACGCUGUAUCUACGCCGUACUGAUAGUGUAGAUUCAGUGCAGAGGUAUAAACUGGCUUUAGAUUUGCCUUGCGACUUCUUCUGGUUUCUUCUUGGUUUGGAACCACUGCAGUAGAUGACUCUCCUUUAAAAACCCCCAAAACAAUCACCAUCUAAUUGAUUGUCUGUGGAGCAUCAGUUUGAUUGUUAUCUCAGCUCUGAGUCAUACUUUUUCUUUUCACUGAGUGAUAAAUCGUCUGACACACGUGUACUUCUUCACAGCUGUGUUGCUUCACUUGAACAUGUGACCACUGUAUUUAUCAUUCAUGAGCGUUCACAUCAUGUGAUGAUGCUGACAGCUCUGACAAAUGUAGGAUAUAAUUUUACUGCCAUGCUUGCACUGUUGAUUGUGUUGAUAAUAGUAUUGAAUAUCUUGCUCCAUUGAAGUGAACGUCAAUGCUUUUUCUUUCUCCUGUCAGUAUUAAGCAGCCGGUAUUUAAGUGAAUGUCAGUGCUGGUUUCAUUUCCUGCUUGCGUUUCGUUUUGCUUUGCUAUGGUCAGCUUUGCACUACUGUAAAAAUAAAAAUGCAGUUUCCUUUAUGAUAAUAAACCAGUUAUUUGUGGGAUUAGGAGUAUACGAUACUGUAGAUGAAGUUAAGUACAUGCUGCUGUAAAUUUUUCUGCUUUAAAACUGCCUAUAAGACCACAAUCUGCAUGAUGGUAUUUUCAUUGUCACUGAGAUGACAUUCUGUAUUCUUCAGUAAAGCCUAAAGUACUAAUAGAUAUUGUAACAGUGUGCUUCAUUUGUCUGUGCUGUACUUUUUGAGACCACAAUAAAGACUAAAUGUCA